AUGGCCUUGGGAUUGUUAUCAGUCAUAUCAACUUCCUUGCUGCACUUGGCAAUAGCCACAUCCAACGGGACCAGCAAGACGAGCUGCACGCCGGCGAGGUGCGGGGACCUGACCAUCACGUACCCGUUCUCGAUCGGCGGAGAGCAGCCACCGUACUGCGGAUACCAGGCCUUCGAGCUGACAUGCGACGGUGACCGCGCAUACCUCACAAGGGCGUUCAAGGAGCAUCUGUUCCACGUCGACAAUAUCUCCUACGAGAACAACUCGCUGAUGGUGGCCGUCGAGGCCACCUUGGCCGGCGACGAGACGUGCCACAUCCCCGACUUCAACGUGUCCUCCAGCCUGGCCCUCUUCCUGGUCAACAUCAGCGGCACAAACAAGAACCUCGUCUUCGUCGACAAUUGUGAGGUUCCUCUUCCUCAUAGGGUGCAACGGCCACCGCCAUGUGCCAACCAUACAAUAGGAGCUUACAUCUCUGAGAGGCCGGACGGGGAGGGCAAGCCGCCACACUGGGUUCCAACGAACUGCAGCUCCGUGAGCAUGCCGGUGCGCGGGUUCCACGAUGGAAUGGAGCCAGCUCGUGCCUACGAUCGAUUGAUCAGCGACGGGAUCCUCUUGGAGUGGCCGACGCUGGGAGACUGCGUCGCGCGCAAACGGAACGGAGGGGAGUGCAGGUUCGUGGAACUUUCGUUCAAGUCUUCCUUGGAAAGUUUACCGUUAGUUUUGAUAAGAUAUUUCCUGCCGGGAAGAUCACUAGUGACCUUCGUAAGACCAAGUAUAGGAAUAUUCCCAUCUUCUGAGCUCUGGAGUUUUCGUGCACAAUGUUGUCUUGUUCUUUGA